AUCAUUAGAUCUGUCAAGCAAGUGCUUUCACGCAACAAACACCGCACGAUCCUAUCUACAAAGCAGCAAAUCGCCUCAGACCUUCAUCCUUACUCAUAAUCCGGUCUUCAAGCGAUGCCGCAUUAUGGUCACCGCUGUAGCGCCAUCUACACAAUCACCUAAACGCUCUUUCUCCUCCAUCAGCAGUAACCCCCGCCGCAGCCAUCCUUCGCAGUCCAAGUCACUUCCGAAGAGCAAGAGAGUAAAGAUUGAUGACACAUCCAAUGGCUCGUCGGAAGAACGAUCUGCAUCUCAGGUGUCAGUUAAUGCGGUCUCCAAAUUGCCUAUAGGCGGAAGCCGUGAUUCCAGCAGCGAUCAGAGUGCAGCCAAAUGGUUCGACCGGGUAAAUGAGAAUGUACAGCCAUCGCACAACAAAUAUGGACGAGCUGAAGUGGAAAGUCCAUUCUACAUGGCCCACCAGUCCAGCUAUCCUGGUGUGCCGGUACAGUCCCACACCGAAGAAGCUUUCGGUCAACGAGCUUCAGAUGACACGGAAAGGGACGAGUUACGUGGUGUCAUCGACGAUCUGACGGUGGAGAACAAAAGGCUCAAACACAUUCUCAACAACCGGCAGUCACAAUCAAGCCCCUCCUCAACAAGCGGUCCGGAUAGAAUUAUCGAAGUUCGGAUGCAUGGGCUGCCCGCUGAGAAGAAAAGAGAACUCGAGCAACUGCUCAAGAGCUUUGCCACUGGACUCAAUGGUGAGACACCUUCCAGCGCUCUCGCACCGGUCGAGAAGUCGCUAUCUAGUAUUGCACCCAGCGCUCCUCCGAGGCUCAAAGCAGAGCUUACCGCAAACACCGAUUCCGGGUAUGCCUCGAUUUCGGGCUCCGGCUUGAAUUCAUCACAUGGGACCGCGAUGUUGCGCGAACCUGUCUCCAGGAGCAAGAGAGACAAAGACAUCAAGGAUUAUCUACACGAUAUCCCCGACUCCCUGUUUCCGCAAGAUACCUUGUCUGUAAGCGAAAGUGCCAGAAUGAUCAUGGUAGUGCAGCGGCUGGAACAAUUGUUCAUGGGGAAUCUGGCACAGCCUGGUGAACAUAGCUUGCCAGUUCAACAACAGCAGAUCUCUCGCGCCGCUGCAAAGGCAGAUCGGGCCGAGAAUCGCAGGCAAAAUCGCGCAAGGAAAGUGGAAGGAUCACGUGAAGCCCGUCGAAGGCCAGCGGAAUCAAAGCUCAAUCUGGAUGCCGUUGAACACGAGCGGCAAACUCUUGCACAAAAACAGGACCAUACAAACGAGAGCUCUUCCUCUUCAGCAACGCCACGAUCAGCCCACGACGGUCUGGGGUCGCCGGAUCAACGGCCGACCCGACCUUUGGACCUCGACAUUCAUCGGGCUCAAACCGCAGUGGACAAUGUCCAAUACCUGCGCCAUUUGGGCUUCUCAUCACCGGCGUUUGACGAGAGUCCCGAGGGCAAGCAGCAGCCAUGGAUGUAUCUAAACUUAUUGAUUAGCAUGGCUCAACUUCAUACCCUCAACGUCACGCCUGCUUUUGUGCGCAAAGCCGUCAAACAGCUCAGCACCAAGUUCGAGCUCUCCAAGGAUGGACACAAGAUUCGCUGGAAAGGAGGACCUACGGAGGAUGAUUCCCCAGAUAUCGAAGCGACUCCAGAGUCGGCUGGUCAACGCGCGUCCGAAGCUACUCCUAAUCUCAGUGGAAGGCAAAGUGGGCGAGGAAGUAUCACAAGUACGUUGAAUGAUCCGCCGUCCAUGUCCAUAUCCGACCAUCAACGCCAUCACGAAAAGCCCACCACUACGACGUCCAAGUUGGUCACGCAAUCCACAACAACCUCCUCACAACCUGCCAUCAAUCCAUCUUCCGGAUCUAAGUCUCCGACCUUCGGCUACAAACCUGUCGUCUUCAAAGGAAAGAAGAGUCGCCUUAGGGCCGGCAACUCAUAUCUGGACUCGUCAAGCUUUUAUGAUGACUCGGCUGAAUCUAGCGGUCUUACACACGCAAUGAGCCGGUCAAGCCUCAGAUCCAAAGAAGAUGCACGCGAAGGCCUCAUCACUUUCUUCAGCAAUCCAUACUUUUGCACUGAUCUGAGUGGAGAUCGCUCACCUAUCAAUAUGAGAUCUAUCGACUCAGAAGAUGAAAGAGAAGUCCUUGGCAUCGCGAAGCAGCAGCAGUCACAGGAAGAAGUCAUACGAGAUUCCAGUACCUGUUACUAUACAGCUAAAGUUGAUGAGUUCGUGAGGUCGUGGCCCGCCAUAUGCUCGGACGUCAAAAUGGACUUUCCACCCAUUGAUGCAGCAGGGGAGGACGAGACGCAACCUAUGGAGCUUGACGCUUCUGGCAUUGGUGGCGUCAGACCCGAAGACAAUUUCGCUCUUGACGUCCAGGUUGGCAGGAAUAGAACCAGAAAUGCCCACACUGAGGAGAGAAGGCUUGGUAGAGGGCCGGCGAAGUACAAUUACCGGACAACUGCAUGCAGAAAACUCUCGCUGCAACCCUCGCGUCUGCCGCCGCCAAGCUAUGUAUUCUUCACAAGCGGCUCGUCCUCAAGCGCAGGUCAGGACCACUUCUACGGCGACGAGAACAGCGAAGCAUCUGAGGAGGAGGAAUCCCCUCUACCUGCAGGUCUCCUUUGGCAAUGGUCGACGAGCUCCAAUGAGCGACAAAUGGCGGACGACGACAAUUCGGAAGCCAGCUCGUCGCUCGGCGUGUUAGAAGCUGCACGUGCGAGGUUCGUCAAUCCUGGUGAUGUGAUACCACAGGAUCGUGACUAUAUCCUAGGUCAAUCAGGCAGAACACAUAUGAGUGGCAGUCUGGCGGCGACGGUGGGCGCGAGUUGGUCUGUGAAGUCAGUUGCUGAGCCUGAGCCAGCCCGUGAGGAGGAUGAGUCGUCUUCGAGUGAUGUGAGCGUCGAUGAAGAUUGAUCGUCGGGUUUCACAUUCUGAAAUUGUUUAUCGAGUUCAUUUCACGAGCGUGGCGCUGCUGGAGUUUGUACGAUCUCUUGAAGAGUUUUUGAUCAGAUACCCAUUGUUAUUAUUGACCAUCGGAUCUGGGCCUGGAUCCAGUGCCUAGUGGCUGAAGGAUCUUGUAUAGAGCCUGCCGAAAUAAUCCAAGUCAUCAUACCCCUCCGAAGUAUGUAUGUCGUACCUAUUGUCUUCUUAUUG